CACUUGUUGUUUCAGGUUCAACAUGCACCUAUUACUAACUCUGUUGACAAUUACUACCUCGGUAGUCUACCCACUGCCAGCUGAUAAACGGGGCUUCUGGAGUGAUCUCAAACACGAGGUGGAGAACGCAGCACACCAGGUCGGACACAAUGUGGAGGGGGCGGCAGUGACGGAUUUGACAAACGCUGCAGUCGGGGCACUGGGCAAGAGAGAAAUCUCCGCUGAUAAACGGGGCUUCUGGAGUGAUCUCAAACACGAGGUGGAGAACGCAGCACACCAGGUCGGACACAAUGUGGAGGGGGCGGCAGUGACGGAUUUGACAAACGCUGCAGUCGGGGCACUGGGCAAGAGAGAAAUCUCCGCUGAUAAACGGGGCUUCUGGAGUGAUCUCAAACACGAGGUGGAGAACGCAGCACACCAGGUCGGACACAAUGUGGAGGGGGGCGGCAGUGACGGAUUUGACAAACGCUGCAGUCGGGGCACUGGGCAAGAGAGAAAUCUCCGCUGAUAAACGGGGCUUCUGGAGUGAUCUCAAACACGAAGUGGAGAACGCAGCACACCAGGUCGGACACAAUGUGGAGGGGCGGCAGUGACGGAUUUGACAAACGCUGCAGUCGGGGCACUGGGCAAGAGAGAAAUCUCCGCUGAUAAACGGGGCUUCUGGGGUGAUCUCAAAAACGAGGUGGAGAACGCAGCACACCAGGUCGGACACAAUGUGGAGGGGGCGGCAGUGACGGAUUUGACAAACGCUGCAGUCGGGGCACUGGGCAAGAGAGAAAUCUCCGCUGAUAAACGGGGCUUCUGGAGUGAUCUCAAACACGAGGUGGAGAACGCAGCACACCAGGUCGGACACAAUGUGGAGGGGGCGGCAGUGACGGAUUUGACAAACGCUGCAGUCGGGACACUGGGCAAGAGAGAAAUCUCCGCUGAUAAACGGGGCUUCUGGAGUGAUCUCAAACACGAGGUGGAGAACGCAGCACACCAGGUCGGACACAAUGUGGAGGGGGCGGCAGUGACGGCUUUGACAAACAAGGCGGUCGGGGCUGUGGUUGGCAAGUGAUGAACUCAAACUUAGAGUUUCCCGGAGCUGGGAGUGGAACUGGAUAUUGUUACAGUCACAGAACACAGAGAUAUAUUUCCAAUAAACAUGUUUAUGCCACUUUUAA